UUAUAAAUAACACGAAUGGAUGGAAUUAAAAUUUUAGACAAUUAAUUAAACAAAUAACAAUAGAUAAAAAAAAAUACAAAAAUAGAGAAAGAAAUAUCUAAUACAAAAGCCUGUAUUUCAAUUACUUAACAACACCACUCAUUUCAAAACCAAUUCCAACCAUUAAACCCUUUCCCAUUACACAUUCUCUUUUUCACAACCUCACCCUCGACUCUUCCUCAUUAAUUAUCAUCUCACGACUUCAAACAUCUCUCUCCCUCCCCAACAUUUCCAACAUAUAACUCCUUCUCCCCUCGAAAAACCUCACGAUUCAAUUCCUCUAAAGUCUCCAUCCCCUAUUCAUCCCUAACAGCGCAAAACCAAAUUUCAUCUAUCCAUACCAAAAAUUCGCAUUCAGAAAUUUCUAGCCUGUAAAAAACAAGAGAGACACUCCCAUCCCAUUAAAAAAACAGCUCGAAUCAUUAUUUAAUAAUAAAAUCCUCCCUCCCCAAAAACAUCCCCCAAAAAAGAAAAAGACUUUCACGACAUCCAAGCACUUACAAUAAUCCCUUUCUCCUCAAGAACUUCCAAACUCCAAAGAAAAAAAAAAAAAAAUCUCCAAACAAAAACACUCUCAAGAAACAAAGGAGCAAAAUCCAAAUCCCAAAAAUAAAACCCAAAUCACAAAAAUAAAAAAAAAAAGAACGGAAAGCUGGAGGAACAGCUGCUUACACAUGCAGGGGCGAGUAUCAGUGGUAGAAUAAGCUGUGGCGUGGCAGGAGACCAGGGCAGGGCAGGCGCGAGAGAGACGCGGUUAUCACCGCCACCCACGACAGACGAGGACGGGAAACAGCAACCGGCAACGCGCGCGAGAGAGAGAGAGAAAAGUAAAAAGGGAAAGAGCGAGAGCCUUGGCUAGCGUUGCGGUGGGGUGGGGUGAGGUGGGUACUCGGUAGAGCAGGAUGGAGAAGCGGCGCAUGCGCGCUCGUUCUCGAGAGCUCGCCUCUCAUCCGAGAUCCUGGAUCCCAGUCGCGAGCGCGCCGCCGAUAGAUACAGUUCGGUCGGAGCGAGGACGAUCACGGUCGGUGACCUGGCUGCCACCCGGCGAGGGAGAGAGUCCAUCCUCUGUCACGCUCCCUCUCUCGCUCUCGCUCUCGCUCUCUCUCUCUCUCUCUCUCCCUGUCGCUCGCCCGCCGAGCCACAAGUUAGAAUCCACGAGGAACACCGGCCGGCCGGUUCUUACCUAUGCUCCUCUCGUUGGGCGGCCCUGUUUCCACCUACCUAGAAUUAAAGAAUUGACAGUUUAGAGGAGUGUUGGACCCGUAUAAAAAAAGGAAGAAGAGAGGAGGUUGGGAAGAAGAGAGAGUUUAUCGUGUAUAUCUCCUUGGGCGGUAUUCUUUCGUUUGUUUGCGCGAAAUUUGAGAUUUGAAGAAGAGGGAUUGAAGGAAGUAGUGAUUCUUGGUUUAUUUUUUCUAAAGGUGACUUGGUUUUUUAAAGGGUGAAAAGGAUUGUUGAUGUGCUUGCAUCGUAGUAGAGGAAGGUGAACGAACGGACGGACGGACGAAGGGUGGUCGAGGGUUGAUAUUUUCUCUAUGGUGGGAAAGAGUUGGUGCACCGGGUGCAUUGGGUGUUCUCUUUGUGCGCACUACGAAAGUCCCUUUUGCAGUGUCCAUUGUUCAGGAGCAUCGAAGACGCGAAAGGCUGGAGGAUAGAGGAGAGAUUCUUGGGGAGGAGGAACAAGUAAUCUGCUUGAUGGAAUAAUAAUUUCAAUUUAAAUAAUGUAUGCAGUAAUUAAUUACAAGAAAUAGGCAUCACCAAUUUCAAAUCAAGAAGAAGCGGCGCCCUCGAUAAAUCGGGUUCCUCGACCCGGAAACGGGAGUAGGUGCAGUUGGUACGUGCGUAAUACGGCACGAGUAUCGUCACAUCGAUAUCCUGAUCGGCGCACGUGUCCACGCAACGAGGCCGAAGAGAGCACCGUCGAUGCACAGAAAUCAUCAUUCAAAUGAUUAAGACAACAUCAUCGAGUUCGAUCAACAGACAGAAAAGGCGAUAUUCAGCGUAACAUGAGUUUCGCAGAAACAAUUUGUUGAUGACGUUAUGGGGUGGAUCUUUCUUGCCAGUACUUUACUCUUCUGCAUAUGCGCGGCCGGACUGCCGUUGCCACAGGGAGGUGGCGGAGCGGGGGGCCAUGGACAGCCGCAGGCUGGAUCGCCGAGCACCCCGGGCCCCGGCGGUGGCACAGCUGGCAGUGGCGCGAGCACUCUCGGCGCCGCUGGCGGCGGUGCUUCUGGCUCUGGCACCGCCGCCGCCGGUGGAAGCGUGAUUGGUUUCAGUGUGACCGGGGGAAGUACCGGCGGCGGGGCUGGUGGCGGUGCCGCCGGCGGUGGCGCAGGUUGGUCCGCGGGACCGCCUCGUCGGGGCCGAGGGUGGCGCGACUGGCGCCGCGGUGACCCCACGCUGAUCAAGGGACUGUGGAAGUCGAAGGGGCCUCUAGAUUCCCUAGGAAAGGCGGAGGUGUACAUCUUCUUAGCGCUGCUGAUCGGUUUCGUGACGGUGGUGGUCGGGUGUUGGCUGUCCGACAACUGUUGGUCCCCUGAGCCGGAAGGAGUGGUCACCCUGGCAUAGCCUAGUGCAGACUUCCGUUCGUCCAGGCGAUAACAACUAGUACGCGGGCCCUCCUACAGGAUCUUCCAGGACUUUGUCCAGCAGAACAGGCGUCCGUUGCUCGACAUCAACGACAACCACACCGUGCUACCACCCGUGUGAUCCAAAGGACAUGAGAGGGGGAAGAAAAAAGGAAAAAGAAACCACCACUCUUCUCUUCCAUCGAGGCCAUAUAUAGAAUAUAUAUCUCUCUCGAUAUCGUCGCGAUAAAAGAUCAAAUCCAACCGACCGGAAAUCCGAAAGGUUCUAUCGAAAUAUGUCGAAAACGGAUUAUAAUAACAAUGUCCACGUCUUCUCUCUCUCUCUCUUUCUCUCCUCUUCUUUUCUUUUCGUGGACGGACGUGGAUGAUGGAUGACGGCUCGCUUUCGACGAAGGAGAAACCGGAAGGAGAUAGGGCGAUUAGGGGGAUUGGAACUGCGCUCGAAUCCAAGCCACGCGCGCAACAAUUUCCUCGUCCGUUAAUUCGCUCGUUAAUCCCGGGGAUUGGCGACUGAUAUUCGGGCGUGGUUCCCCCGUGGACUUCCGGUUGGAAGGAUUUCUCGCGGAUCAGAAUUCGACUCCUCGGCUCUUCGAGAUAAUUCGAGGUUUAAUAAAACAGAUAAGUCUAGAGGAGUUGGAUUUUUGAAAGGGGGGUGUUUUUUGGGGGGAAGGAGAUAUUGAAGGGGAAAGGGUGGUUCUGACCAAGUGUACUUAUGGGUAUGGUAAGAAUUAUGGUGGAAUUUAUCGCGUAAAGAGGUACUUCUCUCCGUCCUCGAUGCGGAAAUCGCAAGUUAUUCGCAAGAUUAUUGGAUGUAUCGGUGAACGAGGUAAUUUUCCUCUGAAAAGUAAUUAAAUCGUAAUUCGAAUUCUUCUGAUAAUUGGGUGAAUUAUUGUAAUUAAAUCGUAAGAAAGUUCCGUCUUCGAACGAGGAAAUUGGCAAGAUAUUGGAUAUCGGGUGGGGAAGAAUAUUCAGGAAACGAUUAACUCGAAUUUAACUUUUUUCUUGCGAUCUUAAUAUUCGAACAUCUUCGAUAUCUGAUCACGCGAUUAAAUCGUACGGGAAAAGAGGUUAGAAAUUAAAAUAGGGAAUUGUAUAAGUCCAUCGAUUUUAUAUGUAAUUCGUAAAAAGAUAGAAGAGAAACAUGUUUUCAGAAAAAGAUAUACUUUUCUUCAUUCGCAUCCACGCAUCAAAUCUCCACAUUUCCGAUUCGAUGGAAGAUUCGAUCGGCCUCUGUCUUAUCAUACCCAUAACCAACCAUUAACGCUCGAUCAUCGCCAUUAAUCGUACGGAUAUAUAGAGUGCACAGUUGUCGCCGCAUCCUCGAUCGCGCACAGUGUACGGAAUUAACGCGAAUAUAUCAUAAAGAUGUCGAUAAUCGAUACCGAUAUAAAUUUCCAUAUAUAAAUACUAUAAACAAACACGAGAUGAGUGAAAUUGUUCGCGAACAUCCGAUAUUUUAUCGAAGAUUCAACAACACGAAUUUAUCUCGAUCUCUUUCUUCGUGUUCGAGUAUCGGUAUCAGUAUCGAGAAAUGAAAGUUAAAAUAAUAUCGAAAUGUUUCGUGAUAUCGGAUUUAGGGGAAUUUGAUAGCGAAGGUACUUGAAACGGAUCAUUGAAUAUUUUAACAUCGAAUCGUUCACCCACACUUUCGGUAUCGAUCCGGUCACCACGUGAUCGUGGAUGGUGUACAGAGAUCGUUCACGAGGCCUUGUAAUUAGCGGAAUUCCCAAAAUGGGUUAAUAAUUUCAUUUAGUGCCUGGCUUGAUGGGUUUAGAUAUUGACGUCAGGCUAGGUCCAUCGAGACAGAGACCUGCUGAACACUCUAUCACAGAUCAUUCUGGAAGUCGAUCAACAAAAUUUAAGUUGAUUAUUCCAUUCCUCGGGUAAAUUCGAUUUCCGAGUAAAUUUUUCCUUUCCGAAAAUUCGCUCCGCUUUGUUGAAAAGGGAUAUAGUGUUGGGUAUGUGCCGCGUUUGAACAAAUCUAAACGAUUAAUUGAAAUCUAAACAUUAAUUGAAUAAACAUCGAAACGUAUUAUUUCAUUUGUUCGAGCGACUCGUUGGUGGGUCAUACCCAACACUAUCCGUUGCGGCGCGAAACUCCACACGUUUUUUCGUUAAUAAUUCCUUGCACGAACUUUUCGAAAAGGAAAAGGUUGCUCGAAAUCGGCUUGGGAAUCGGCCACUCGAGCCUUGUCGAUCGAUUUUUCAGGUAUCUCUGUAGAGAAAUAGGGAAGAGUAUAUAUAUAUAUAUAUACAUCAUACGCGAUUUACUCCUUCGUCUUAAUCACCGUCCAGAUAAUUUACGGACCCUUGUGGGCCAAACUUUAAUGACGGCGGAUAAAACCACUCGCUAUACGAGGCUUUAUACGAGGCGGGCCUCUCGAACUUUAUUUGCGCCACUCUCGUCGCAAAUUGUACGAAAUGGCCCACGCGAGGGUAAACGAGAUCGUUUCAUGGUUCGUUCUAAGAGGAGAAGAUUCUCUGCUCUGUCUCGGUGUAAACCGCAAUGAAUGCUUGAACGUUCUCUGGGAUUGUGAUAAUUACGUUUGCUUCCUAAGAUUUUGAAAUGAAUUAUUGGAUUAAUUAAUUUUGAAGAGAUUGAUAUAAUUGGUUAUAAAAAAAGGAAUAAGUAGUUCGAUCAUGAAAUAAUUUUCGAAAUGUUCAAAAUAAUUUAGAAGACACGAUAACAGAUGAUAUUUAAUCCUGAUAAUUUUGAAUUUGUUGUUUAAUUGAUAUAAUAAUUUUUUGAGAGAAUUAAUAAGAUAAAAGAAAAAAAUAAACUGUUAAAAAUUAUUCAAAAUGAAGUUGCUCCAUUUCAAAUUCAUUUUUAAAUCUUCGAUGCACAUUUGUUGCAAUUCUCAAACGUUCGAGCAUUCCCACGAUCCUAAUUGUUCGUUAUAAAAUAAAAAUUUCAACGAAAAAAUUGUCACCAAUUUCGUGAAUAAAACAAAGAUUAUUAAGUUUGUACCCGUAUAAAUUCCGUGCAUAAUGCAUUUUCAUUCAUUUAAACAUUUUUCUUUUCUUUUUUUCUUCCAACCACGUUCAACAAGUUGUAACAAGAAACAAUAUUAUUUAUCGUAUUUAUUUUAAAACUUUCCACUUCACCCAUUUUGCGAAUCUCUCUUAAAAGACAACACCAAAAAGAAGUGAUACCCAUCGUAUCAAAUACGUAAAUAUUCACAGUCAUAAAAAUAUUCCAUCAAACAUUUCUCCAUUAUCAUCGAAACACAUUCUCCGUCAUUUCACCAUCAAAAUCAAAGCAUCGUUCCUCCAUUAAUUCAACCGAAUAUUCCACCAAACUUACACCUGUAAAAUUACACCAAAGCUAUAAAUACCCAAACUUGAUCGAAACCUCGAAUAUUCGAUCAAUAAUCAAAUUUCCAUCGUAAAUAUUUAAUCAUCGCGAUUAAAAAGAAAAAAAAAAAAA